AGCCGAGCCGAGAUCCUGCCACAUUCCCAGGUCCCCUCCACUCUCCGCUUCUCUCUUCACAGCAGCAGCAGCAGCAGCAGCACCAGCUUUGUGGGGAGCAGGGCAGUAAUCCCGCCAGCUCCCCGAUUCCACCAUCCAGCUGUAGGCUCCACGCGGAUCCACAGCACCAUGCGGAGCGCCCUGCUGUUGGCAGCCUGCCUGGCCCUCUGCCUGGUUCUUGGGGCCGUCUGCAAGGAGCCACAGGAGCAGGUGGUACCCAGGACGGACCACAAGAAGAUCCCGAGUCUCGGACCCCUGCUCAAUGCGAUCACUAGCCACAACCCGUUCUCCGUGGUGAACGAAUUGAUCAAAAUUCUGAGCCAGGCUCGCAAGGACCCGAAGAAACGGUCCUUCCUCCAGAAACGUGACAUGCACGACUUCUUCGUGGGACUCAUGGGCAAGAGGAAUACCCAGCCAGGCACGCCUGCCCAUGUGAACCAAGAGGGCGCCCCUCGCUCCGGCAGCCUCCAGUACCCGUCCCAGGUGGAAUGAGAUGCCCCUGCCCUUCUCCCUCCUCUGCUCCCCCAGCAGGUGGUUGGUGGGAGUGUUUCCAGACAGAAGAUGUGAUUUCCCUUUUUGGUCCUCGGCACUCCAUCUCUGUCCUCCUGGCUGCACCAG